AGUUCAGAGAUCUUCGUCAGGACAGAAUGGAGCCCACCUUGCUCUGUGUGUUACUCUUGCUGAAUACACACAUCAACUCUGGACACUCUGAAGAUGAUGAUGCUGGAGUGGCAAAGGCUGUUCUGACCAUACACCCCAACAGCUCCCAGAUAUUCAGUGGAGAGUCUGUCACUCUCAGAUGUGACAUACAGGGGGGAGGAGUCACUGACUGGGAGUACAGAUGGUUAACACCCAGUCCAGAUCAAUGUCCACAGAAAGAACAUGAAUGUAUUAUCAGUGUAGCUGAGUUUUCCCACAGUGGUGACUACAGUUGUCUGGGUUCACAUCAGCAGCAGGAUUCUAAAUGGAGUGAUGCAGUCAGACUGACAGUGACACCUCUGCCCAAAGCUACACUGACUGUAGAACCAAACCCUGUGUUCCCUGGAGAGACAGUUACUCUGACGUGUUCAGUAGGGUCUGACAGUAUCCGGAACUAUCAGUGGUACAAAGACAGGAAUGAUAAUGUAGUAUCCCAGUCUGUCAGACACACUAUAACAGGAGACACCCUCACCAUCAGUAGAGCUGCUGAGUCUGACCAGGGUCUCUACUGGUGUCAGGGAGAGAUCCAGUCCAGAUCCAUAUCAUCAAUCAUCAGUGAUCAUGUCACUAUCACUGUGAAUGCUCUGCCUUCGGCCUCACUGAAGAUAGUCACUCCACAGGGUCUCCUCUACCCUGGAGAGACAGUCACUCUGCAGUGUGACAUAUCAGAGUACACAGACUGGACGUACCGCUGGUUCAGAUACAAAAAAGAGCUUCCCAUUCAGACCAGAAAAACCAUCACCAUCUCUCUCCCUGACCAGGCUGGUCAGUACAGGUGUGUUGGGAGGAGGAGAGGUCGGCCCCAGAAGUCAUAUUACAGCUCAGCUCUCCCCAUCAUCAUCACUGCUCUGCCUGAAACUACAGUGACCGUAAAUCCAAACCCUGUGUACACCGGAGAAACAGUCACUCUGACGUGUUCAGCUGGGUCUUACAGUGACUGGAGCUAUAAAUGGUACAAAGACAACAGUGAGAUUAGCUUGUCCCAGUAUAAAUACCUUAAUACUAGAUCCACCAUCAGUAGAGUUACUGAGUCUGACCAGGGUCUCUACUGGUGUCAGGGAGAGAGAAGAUCCAGACCCACAUCUUCAUCCAUCAGUGAUGCUGUUACUGUUACUGUGAAUACUGGUGAUGUGAUCCUGGAGAGUCCUGUCCAUCCCGUGACUGAAGGAGACUCUGUGACUCUGACCUGUUGUCACAUUUGUUGGAAUAAUCGGACCAAGGCGCAGCAUGGAGUACUCAUCAAGAAUGAGACCACAGGAGAGAUGACCAUCCCUACAGUAUCCAAGUCAGAUGAAGGAUUCUAUAAGUGUAAAUCUGGUCAAGGAGAAUCACCAGAGACCUGGGUGACAGUGAGAGUCCCUCCAGGUUCCGUUGUCUCCAUCUCUCUGACCAGGCUGCUGUGUUUUCUACUGGUGAUGUCUCCAUUUCUACUGGUGUCCAUCGUGCUGACGGUGAAAUGCUGCAGGGCUCGAGGUUUGUGUUCAACAGUCACAUCUCCUCAAGACCAGAUACCAUGUGAUGAUGUCAUUGAACAGAACGAAUCAUCAGUGUGAUCAUUACAGUAUGAACUGUAAGCUGAACAACCACUUUUAUGAUUGUUAAGGUUUUACCGUUGAUAUAUGAUAGUGUUUACUGAGUUUAAUAUCACUGAAUGGAAUUUCACAAAUGCUGAAUAUUAUGAGUUUCUAAGUUGAGGUUCUCAGCUUUUGCUGGCUUGUAUGCUUUCCUUUGUAUUGUUGAUGUUGAUUUUCAUGAAAUAUUACACUUACCUGUCUUUAUUUCAGUUUGUUAAUAAAACAAGAGUGUAGUGCCUGUUUUUGUUUAAAAGUAGCAUUUUUUGUGUGUUGUAUUUUACAUAAUGUCAUGCUUUUACAUGCGGGUGGGAAUAGAGUAUAUAGUAUUUGAAACUUCUCAGUUUUUAAUUUGAAUUGAAAAUACUAAAUAUGUGUUUAUUCUUGAUUGGCCGACCUACUCUAACAGUUGAGUUGGAACACGUAGCUAUAGUUUGUUAUUAAAAAUGUAUAUUUACAUAAUGCAGCUUUAAUGCUUAUUUUUAUAUUAAAGGAAGACUCAGCGAAAUGACGUUGCCACAAGUAGCAUCGCAGAUAUUGAAAGUACUGUACCUGCGCAUAUGCACGGGUUCACUUCACGCUGUUCAGUGUCGUAGCCACAGGAUCUAAACAGCAGAGAAGUUGAGCCUCAAGCUUCAACACUCUUACUUGUUGUGGAAAUUUAACCACUAUUUUUUUUUUCUGCAUCUGUCAUAUCACUGAGUCUACCUUUAAAAUUAACUUACUUAUAUUUAUUUUGAAAUACUGUCUACUAAAUAUAUUGUAAAAAAAAUCAUGUUUUACAGCAGAUAUACAUUUUUAACAUGUAAGUGCUGUAAAAUAAUUUCAGUAGUUGUUAAAGGAGCCAGAUGAAUGUUCCACUGUGGAACUUAAAAUGGAGAAGAUGUGAUGUAUUUUGUAUUCAUUCUCAUAUAUCUAAUAAUAAGUGGUGAUUUCCCACAUCAUUGUAUUGCUUUGAAAUAACUUGAUUUAAGGACAUAUUCAUUUUACUCUCUGUAUUUCUGAGUUGAAACAAUGCAUUUACAUCUUAAACAUUUCUAUACAUUUAUUAUUAUGUAAAGCAACACUUUCUAACUAAAUCUCUAUGCACCAUAGUGCUGUCAGUCUUCUGUAAACCACAUUCAGAUUGACUUGUACUGAUAUGAACCCAUACAGAAGUGUUCCAUGUCUGUACUAUUAUGAUGAGAUAGAGAGAGGAAGGAAUAAGAGGGCAGACCCAGUAGACUGAGGGCUUAUGCUGUUGCUAUGUGACCAAUGACCAUAUUAGUUUCUAUAUUGUGAUCCACUAGAAUGUGGAGUAGUUACAGGCCUGUCCCUGAAGGGGGAGAUAAGAAACCCCAGAUGUUUACCUGGCUAUACCCACUAAAGGAGAAGUCUGACUGCUUUUCCCCUGUAACCUUUCUCUCUCUAUUUAUGUUCGCGUCUUCACAUAUUGUACGUGUGUCACACACUCUACACUCUACACUUUCAUAUAUUUAGAGGUAAAUUGUUGAAAAAAAUGGGAAAAUGCUAAAAUGUUUGGAUUCAUGUAUUCAGCACAACAAUGCAAAUAUGUGAAUAAAAAUUAAACUUAACACUUUAUCCUGGAAA